AUGUGUGCGGCUGUCGCACUCGGACUUACGUCGGGAGUUGCGCUUGCCGCCGACACGACGUUGCGCAUCUCGUUGCAAUUGCCCCUGAAGAGCCACCUUGGCCAGAACCUGCUCCUGUUCAAGGAAGAAGUUGAAAAGAAUUCCAGUGGCGACAUAGCCGUCGAGAUCUAUGAUUCCGCUCAACUCUACAAGGACAAGGAAGUUCCGGCGGCGGUCGGAUCGGGUGCGAUUGAGAUGGGCGUGGCAUCGCUUACGCGCUAUGUCGGUGAUGUUCCGGCCGUCGAUAUUUUCUACCAACCGUUUUUAUUCGACACCGAAGACAAGGUCCGUGCUGCCGUUGCACCUGGUUCGCCGGUCCGUGGCCCGCUGGAUGAGGCGAUCAAGGAUACGGGCUCAACCGUGCUCUGGUGGCAGGCCUAUGGUGGCGCGAUCAUGCUUUCCAAGGACGGGCCGCUGAAGACGCCGGAAGACAUGGAAGGCAAGAAAGUGCGCGUGUUCGGCAAGACGCUCGGCGAUUUCGUGACCGCUUCCGGCGGUGCGCCGACCCUGAUUUCCGGGUCCGAGCAGUAUCUUGCCUAUCAACGUGGAACCGUUGAUAUCGGCAUGACCGGCGUGUCCGGGGUCAAGUCCAGGAAACUCUGGGAAGUGAUGGAUCCCAUUACGGUUACCAAUCACGCGGAUAUCGAAUUCAUCGUCGUCGUGAACACCGAUUUCUGGAACGGACUUCCUGAAGAACACCAGGCCAUCAUUCAGGCAGCUGCCGUGACAGCGGAAAACGACGUGCGUAACCGCAUGUCGGAAAUCGAGGCUGCGGCCUACGCGGCAGCUGAAGAAAAUGGCAUGACCGUCUAUAGACCGGACGCGGAUGAAAUUGCAGCCUGGAAGGCCGUCAGCCAGCCGGUUUAUGACACCUAUUCGGAAAAAGCCGGAGAUCUCGGCAAAUCUGUCAUGGACGCGGCGAAGGGUCUCUGA